AUGUUUUACUUUGACUUAACGACAGAUGGCGAAGCAGAAAAUGGUAGCGUCACAUUGUUUACGACCAUGCAGGCAUAGUCUUUCGAUAUAUUAUUGAAAAAGAUAUCAAGAAAUUGAAUUUAUAUAAUAUAUAUUGAAAUGAUGAAAUUUGAAGGGGUCGUAGAAAACGGCCAAAAUACUCAACGAGCCAAAUAUAUUAUAUCCACAACUGUCCCAAACAAUAACAAUAGAGUAUCUGAAUUAAUACCUAUUCAUUGGGAUGGAAGGUUAAUUUCACAGCAUUCAGUGCCAGUGAAUGAAUUGGGAAAACAACUUCUAAAAGCAGCAUCAGACGGUAGUGUAGAAAAAGUGAAACAGUUAUUAACUAAAGGGGCUCCAUUUACUGCUGAUUGGUUAGGAACAAGUCCACUUCACUUAUCUGCACAAAAUAAUCACUUCGAAAUAACAGAAAUACUGUUGAGAGCAGGAAUUUCUAAAGAUGCUCGUACAAAAGUUGAUAGGACUCCUUUACAUAUGGCAUGUUAUGAAGGCCAUAUAAAUAUUGUGGAAAUAUUACUUGAGCAUGGUGCAGAUAUCAACUGUAGAGAUUUAUUAGAUAUGACACCUCUCCAUUGGGCAGUACAAAAUAGUCAUAUUGAUGUUGUAGCACAUCUACUCAGGAAUAAUGCUUUAAUUGAAGUUACAAAUAAAUUUGAUGUGACACCAAUAAUGAUAGCACAACAAACUGGUAGAUCUGAUAUUGAACAACUUUUAGUUGGAGCCUUAAACGAUUCUACAUUAGCUGCUCAAAAUUUAGUUUUACAGUAUAAUGCAAAUGAAUCUGAGAAUGAAAAUAAUCAAAUAUAUACUGAUAAUAUGGAACUUGAGACAAUAGGUAAUGAUGUCAACAAUUUUACAGUAUUUGCAGAACCAAUUCUAGUUGAAGGGGAAUAUCAAGAUAUAGAUGGUGAAACCAGUCAGGAAAUUACAGUGGAACAAGAAGAACAAGAAACGGAUCAAGAAAGAAUAGAAAAAGAAAAUGAACAACUCGUUCAACAUGUUUCUGUUGAUCCAGCGAUACUAACUAGUUCAUUAAAAAUACUUGAAGAACAUGGGAUCAGAAUGUUGGAGAAUGAUGAAAAUGAUGAUGGGCAUAUUCUAAAUACUGUUAUGGAAAGUGGACAUUCUGUUGUUUUAACAGAUGUUGGAAAGGAAGUCUUGAAUUCUGUGAAACAAAACGAACAGAAGAAAAAAUCUCAAAUUGUACAUAUGGAUAAGAAAAUAGUAUCUGUGACACCAGAACAAUUUCUAGCAAUGACACAAAAUAGUAAUAAAACUUUUAAACAAUUGAAAGUAAUACCCACAAAAGGUACAUUCAAGAGAGUGGUUAUGAAGAAAAAUAAGCUUAUACCAAUUACCCCAGCCGUAGACGAUGUAAUGUAUACAUUACCAAGUACCAUUAACAAAGAAAACCCAUCCAAAACCGAUAUGGAAUUAAUUAUGAACCAAUUAAUUGAAGCUAGAAAAACCAUUGAAGAAUAUAAAAUCAAAUUAAGAAAAAAAGAACAAGAAGCACAGAGGUAUAAAAUGCAAUUAAAGUUACUAAUGGAACCAGAUUUGCCUCGAUAAAAAAUUCAGUGGAAUUGAUUUCACAAUUUCCUGUUGAUCCGAAGCUUUAAUUAGUUUGUCUAAGUUUAUAUGUUCACCUUGACGUGGAUUUCUGCUUCCUAUAUAACGAUCUUUGUAAAUGAGGUUACUUGAAGUUGCAAAUAAUUUAUCAAUAAUCAUUAGUUGAUCAUUUCAUGACGUUACUCUAUUAGAGUCAAUCUUUAUAACAUAAAAUGUCAUUACUUUAAAAAAUCAACCAUUUUUAUAUUAUUAUUAUAAUGAGGAGGAAUUUUAUAAACUGAAACGUUACCUGACUUAUUAUUGGAUUCAGUAUUUAAAAUAAUAUGAUUUCAAAAAAACGAUGUUUACUUUAUUUCGAGUUCGUUGUAUAGGACAUAGGAAUCUUCUAUAUAUUUGUAUACAGGGUAUCCUAAUGAAAAGGUAAAGCUGUUUUCAUCCUUCUCGUGUAAUGUAUUCAAAAAACAAAACUUCUAGUUUAACAAAUAUCUAUUUGAAACAGUCAAUUUUAGAUGAUAUUAUCAAUUUCUUCGUCACACACAAAAUGAUCCAGAAUUAUGUUAAUGUUAAGUUCAAGAGCUGAUAGAUCAUCCCAAAAUAAAGAUAGGGGAAGAAGGGGAGUAUUUGGCACUAAAACAAUAUUGUUUUUAACAUUUUUGAAAAUCAAAGAGAAAGCAAGAAAAAAUAUCCUCCACAUUUGGGUCGCUAUUUGUUAGCCUACAAAUAACGAUGGAAUAUGAAAUAAGAUAAUUUAAAGACAGAGAGAAGAUUCAUGAGUAAUUGUUUGAAAUUGCGGAAAGCUUCCAUUCUUAGGGUGCAUUAGAUCUUAUAUCUGUACAAUAUCUUGUAGCUCCAGUCUUUGGAAGAGUUCUUAAUUUUCUUAUUAAUUCAUCGUUGGCAACGAUGAACGAAAAGUAGUUUUCUGGCCCUUCCAUCUUAAGAAAUCAUUUCCAUCGACUCUUCUAAAAUUUUCAAAAUUUGACUGACGAAAUGUACCUUUUUGUUUUUAGCUAUAAAUCUCACUAAAACCAAAUCCGCAUUAUUUAAGUCUGCUCCCUUAAGUUCUUCUAUAUCAUCAAACUCGAUAUUGUAUCAUUUUGACCAGCUGAUGAAUUUAAAACCCUUAACUUUUUUAGAGGGUAAUUCUUUUAAAUCUUUAUUAAAAACAUUUCUUUUAAAACCUUUUUUUUUGUAUUUUCACUUUCCUCUUCAAUUUUUUCUGGCCUUUCUUUCUUCAUUAACAGAAUCAUCAUAUGUGAGGACAUAAGAAUCAGGUGGCAUCACAAAUAUUUCAUCAACUUGUUGGAGCAAGUCAUCAUUGUCAUUUAGCAUAUUCCAAGCUUGCAAAAGCGAAAAACUUCUUCUGGAAUGAUAGGAGUAUUUUUGAUUAUCAAAUUAUGUUAAAGUCAUUAUCGUCCAAAAACGCCCACGGAUACCAUAUGGUAUCAGUGACUUUAGAAAUAUUAGAGAACCUCCUGUAUUAGAAGUUUUCAUAUCAGUUAUAUGCAGUAAUAUUGUAUCAUUCAUGAGCAAUAAAUACAUGUCCAUUGUUUUGUACAUAACAAAACCACUUGAUAUAGAAAUAAUAGAAAAUUAGAAGCAACUGCUUACAAGGCAUGCAAAAGAAAUCGUCGUAGAAGGGGGAGAUUAUUUGGGAUAUCAUAUGGGAUCAGUAGGCGUUAAUGGGUUAACACUCACAGUUACAUUGACGCGAGUUUCUAUAAUUAAGUCAUUUUCUUCAGAGACUAAAAGAUGUGUUUAUAUGUAAUUCAGGAUUACCUAAUUGUCUAUUAUAUAGUAAUUUCUAUUUUUCUUUGUGUUUUGUUUUUCGUAUCUUAUAUCUUAUAACAGAAUAAUAUAUAUUUACCUUAUCGUUUAGAUAUCCUGUAUGUGCUAUUGGGAGUUGAUGUACAUAUUUGUAAUAAGUAAACUCCCAAGAUUAUUUUUAAGUAAAAACAAGUUAAUUUUUGUAUAAACAAAGAACUGAAGAUAAUUAGAAAACUCCCUUAUACAUGUCUUCCAUUAAUUAAAUAAAAAAUUUUGAAUUCAGAAAGUAGCAAAGUCUCAAUAAAACAAAAUCAUUGCUUAAGUCAAUUUACUGUACUGUAUUAUUGUCUGUUUCGUACAUUUUGAAUUGAGAAAAAUUCUAAUUAAAAUAGAAGUAUUGUGUAGCUAAAGUAUACUGAACACCCAAUUCAAAAAAUUUGAUCAUUUUUGUUUCAUUAAAUCUACUUUGAAUGCAUUCAUUCCAUUAGGUUAACAAAUAAAUAUAUCAAAUUUAAAUUACGAAUGAAUGUAUUAGAGUCAACAUCAAUAGACAUGUAGAAAUGUCUUAAUUGUCAAAUUUUGAUUAGGAGUAAUCCAUCAUAUCGUUCAUGUCUUAUGAUUCAAUUUCUGUCCCCUCUUUUUGUUAUGUUGCUUAAUAAAUUUUCCGCUACAGAUUAAGAAAAAGCUCAGUUUUACAUUUUACUACAGUGUUACAUGUCUUUAACUGAAUACAUAUACCUCAAUAUUUUUUGGGAUUAUGUUUCAGAUUCUGGUUGAUACUCAAAUUUCUCUUUUUGUUUAUCGAUGCUACUAAGGUAUUUAUACUUGAUAGGGUGAUGAUUCACUAAGAUUUAAAAGAUCUGUCAUGUAAAAGGUAUCAAUCCAUGAGAUUUUAUAGUGCCGUGUAUUCAGUCAUUACAUAAAUGUCUGUUCCCUUUUUUAACCUGAGAAUCUGCGGUCGUCUUUUUCACCAGAAAAGUGUCAUUCCAACGAUUUUAGAUUUGAUAAGUAGAAUUUUUAAUCCAAUCAAUAUUUGGUUUUCUAUUGCUCGUAGAACUUGUCCAGGCAACUUUUUGUUCGUCCUUCGUAUAGAGGAAGGGUCAUCAACUUCUUCUUAGUCUCUCACAUUCGUGGAGUGUCAAAUCAUUUAAAAAGUAUCAUACUUGUCCAUAUCCUCCAGGCAUAACAUUUUUUGUUCUGUAGAGGGCUUUUUACUUCUGCUAUAUAAAUUUUGUCAGUUGAUUUGUGUAGUACAGUUACAGAAAAAUGAAAAAAAUGUUGGUAGUAGUAACUAUUAUAAAAACAAAUCUUUUACCGGUUGUAAACACAAAAUAAUCAGCUGGUACAUGGAGAAUUUAUUAAAGAUGCACAUUUUAUAGAUAUGGAUUUUAUUGAUAGAAAUCGAUCGAGCUUUAGCAACGCAACAUUUACUAAUUAUAAUUUCUAAAAAUUAGUCUUCUAUGUCAAGGACAAUUCCAGUGAAAACUCAUGAAAUUGCAUUUCAUAUUGAAAAAAACUUGAUUAAUAUUUUUUUUAAUUCUCAAUAUUUAUAAUUUGAAUCAAUGAUGUAUUUUCAAUCAGCAAUAGAUUUUGUUUUCAUGUAGAGUUUGUGAUCAACAUAUGUGGAGUCAUUAUUAUCUCCAUCACUAUUCGCUGCCAUAUGUUAAUUUUCCUGUACAUACAAUUGAUGGCAUUGUUGUUAUAGUUUUGUUACUUGAAAAGAAUUUAUGAUUUACAAAAAUAAGGAUUACUUUUAUCAACGUUUCAAAUUGAAACAUAAAAAAUUCGUCACUUCAAUUAAUCUUCUAGUUAAUAUAAAAUAAUUUCAAUUUGAUAUAAUUAUCCAUUCAAUUUUGACAUAAAAAUGUAUAAUAAAAUAUUUUCUAGUUAAUGCAAACAGUAAAUUGGAAUUUAUGGAAUUGCUGAUGGUAUUCAUACUGAAUUACUACUACUACAUCAUCUCUAACAGUUAUCUUUUCCAGAUACUGCUAAGUUUGUUAUCAAAACGUUCGUUACAAAUUAUGAAAGUUGAUGUAGUGGAAGUAGACAGAAUAUUCUGAAGGCAAUUGAUAGCUGGAACAAAACCGUUUGCUACCACUCCACAAACACAAUUAUACUGUCGAGCGUUACAAGAACGAAGUCUUAAGAAACCAAUAAUAAACUUCUAUUGCCUUCGGCCUCUGAGAACGAUUUUGUUAUUAUGAACUAUUAUGGUUCAUAUGUUGUUGAGUUUUUCACGCGGGCAUUGUUCCAUAUACUACAUAUGUAACUUGCUCGCUAAAAUUCUUGUAGUAGAUUACUCUUGCAAGAUGGUAAGCUACUAGCAUCUGAAUUUCGGAACUUCGUUUACAUCUAAUACCGUAUAUGAAUCAAUAAAAAUUUACAACCUAGCAGCAUCAACAUUGUAUAAAUAGCCCAUAAUAUUGGAAAUACGAUUUUGUUCUUCUUAAUAAAAGCUUCCUAAAAUUCUACUUAUUUUUGUAAUAAUAAUAUCCAUCCAUUUAAAUUUGCCUUAUUUUUGUAAAUUUGAAUAAUUAUUCUAAAGUAUGGUUUAUGCUUUUCCACUAGUUUGACCACAUUUGAUGUUAUUUAUUUUUAUACUAAUUGUAUUUUUAUACUAAUUGAAACUAAGUUUUGUAAAUAUAAGUUUCAAAAUAGAUUUUUUUUCUAU